GAUAAGGAAAACUCAAAUUUCGUUUCCAUUAAAACAGUCGAAAUCUAUUUUCUAACCGAAAAAAAAAUAACCAAAAAGGAGAGGGGAAAUCGAAACUCGUAUUUACCAUCAAUCGUUGACGCACAAGAAGAAGGGCUUUACGGAGAGAAAUUGUAAUUUUGAGGAGUGAUUUAAUUAAAAUGGUGAGCACCUGAGAAUCUGAAAGCUUCCUCUAUUACGCCACAACAAGGACGCUUUACUUCAUUAACCGCCACAUCCUCUUAUCAAUUGAGCGGUUAUGGCUGAGCCGCCGUCGCAUUUAUCCUCAUUCAAGGACGAGCUCAUUCAGCUGAUCAAGCGGCUCGGAACCUAUCUCGCCCUCAAAAUGUCCAAUCUCUUCUCGAUCUCUCUCCAAAAACUGGAUCCUCGAUCUGUUGGGGCUAUUGCAGGGCUUGCUGUUGCAAUUAUCUUUACCUAUAGGUUCACAAGAUCACCUGCACCACCAACAAGAAGGCAACCGAAACGUCAAGCUCCAACAACUAGUAGCACUGCUAUCAGUACUCAGUCAAAUAUAACUUUGAUGCCUUCUGGAGUUUAUUCAUCUUCAGAGGAUUUAAGAGCACAAAACACCUUUGAUGAGUUUUUCCAGCCAGUAAAGCAGCCAACAUUGGGGCAAAUAGUUAGGCAGAAACUGAAUGAAGGUAGAAAGGUAACAUGUCGUUUACUUGGAGUGAUCCUUGAGGAAAGCAGUCCAGAGGAGCUGCAGACAAAAGCAACUGUAAGGCCCUCUAUGUUUGAUGUGCUAUUGGAGAUUACCAAAUUUUGUGAUCUUUAUCUCAUGGAGAGGGUUAUUGACGAUGAAAGCGAAAAAAAUGUUCUUCUGGCCUUGGAAAAUGCAGGGAUUUUCACCUCCGGUGGCUUGGUGAAGGACAAGGUUCUCUUUUGUAGUACAGAGAAUGGGAGGACAUCUUUUGUUCGGCAGCUAGAACCUGAUUGGCAUAUCGACACAAAUCCUGAAAUAGUUUCCCAGUUAGCUAGGUUCAUCAAAUAUCAGCUCCACGUAUCCCCUGUCAAAACUGAAUGGACUACGGGUAAAGUGCUCAGUUCUCCAUCCUUGGAAAAAUUCUUUGGGUAAGUUUGACACUUGAACUGAUAUGAAAACAUGCAGAUAUGUUUUGAAGUUGUUGUUUGCUCCCUUUUGGCCCUUGUAUGCUUCCUUUUUGGUUAAAGCCUGAUAUUUUUCUUUCUUUUGGCACCCCUUGUGCUGAUGUCAGUUUUUAGGAUAACUAUAAGGGAGAAGAUUUAUUUGUUUCAAAAUUUGUGAAACAGGGAGGGGUUCACGUUUGAACUUUUUUUCUUUUUCUUUCUUUCUUUCUUUUUUUUUUUACUGGAGGAACUACAUCCAAUAUUUGUAAUUUACUUUCAAGGAUAUGCAAUCAUACAAAAGUUCUUA